AUGGGAGGCUCAGUGCCCGAUAUUCCUGGAGUCAAGGCCGAGGGGCCCCUUCUGACCACCCUUCGCGCCGAAGUUGCAGAGCUACUAGAUCGAAAAUCCCCAAACUUUCCAGGCGCUCAGCCUGUCAGUUUCGCCGCGCGACACAUCGCUGAACUCCAAAAGCAACAUUACUUUGUUUGCGAAAAGUCUGACGGCAUACGAUGUCUGAUGUACCUUACAUAUGAUGAUCAAUCCGAGGGUCGAGUACAAGUGACAUACUUGAUAGACCGGAAGAAUGAUUAUUGGUACGUGCCCGGCCCAAUCUUUCCCAAGUCCGUCGACAAGCCGUAUGAUUUCCACGUUGCUACAGUCUUGGACGGCGAACUUGUCAACGACACACAAGCAGAUGGAUCAAUUCGGAUGAAGUACCUCGUGUUCGACUGCUUGGUCCUUGACGGCAAUCGCUUGAUACAUCGAACAUUGGACAAGCGGCUUGGGUACUUCUACGAACACUUGGACAACCCACUGCAAGCAUUUUACAAGAAAUGGAACGAUGAUGCGGCGGCGCUGCCGUUUCUGGUGGAGCGCAAGACGAUGGAAUUAGCUUACGGCAUAGAAAAGAUGUUCAAGGAGAUUCUGCCGAACUUACCUCACGGCAACGAUGGUUUGAUCUUCACCUGCAAGAGCACUCCGUAUCAAUUCGGCACAGAUCAGCACAUUCUCAAGUGGAAAAGCGAGGAGGAGAACUCGAUUGAUUUCAGGAUGGUCCUUGGAUUCCCAAUCAUCCAACCAGAUUCCGAUGAUGAUGAUGAUGAUGCAGACGGAGGUCCCUAUCCCGAUUACAGCGCUCUGCCUGAGAUAGAGCUUUACGUCAACGGGGACGGGGAUACCGAUAUUCCAUUCGGUAGAAUGCAUGUGGAUAACCCUGAGUGGGAGGACAUGAAAUCGUUACAGCAACCUCUGAAUUGGCGGAUCGUGGAGUGCUCUCAAGACAAAUCGAACCAAUGGAGAUUUUUGCGAUUUCGAGACGACAAGAAAGAAGCCAAUCACAUCAGCACAGUCAACAGUGUUAUGGAAAGCAUACAAGACAGUGUAUCGAAGGAGCAUCUUAUCGGGGUAGCUAAGAGCAUCAGAGAUCAUUGGAAGAAGAGAGAACAGCCUGCGGUGGUGAGGAAAUAG